UUACUUAUGGUGACACUCGGCUGAGCCUGACUUAAAUUAGUCGCAUCGUGCCGCUUGAGGUCGUUGGACGUGUUGGAUUUGAUUCGAGCCCCAAAAGCUUACGGUUAAGCUGUUUAAUUAUGUCUAAUUUCUUUUUGCAAGAACUGUUCCUGUUCGCGGUGUUUGGAUUGUUGGGGUCAUUUGUUUCACAAGUGCUCGGAAGUGACUCCUGUCCAGUUUUCCUGACACUUUCCUCAUUGCCGAAACACCUGGAAGAUUCACCGGUAGUCAUCAAUUGGGGUCCUGAAUGUGAAAAUCCCCCCUACUGGAUAGGACUUUAUUUGGAAAAUCCAGCAGUGUCGAAUGCAUCUCCAAUAGUGAAAGUUCUAGUGGAAGGUCAAAAAAGUGGUCAAGUAGUUACGGAUCAGAAGUUCGGCAAGCAACGACUUCCGGGGGGUUGGUCUUACGAAGAGGUCCUUCGACAUAUCCCUAGAAGGAAGAACAAACCUCUGUGUUUCAAUUUCUAUCUGGUGAGCUACGACAACUCCAAUCAGCUGUUGACCUUCGAUUGUCUCAAAAUCCAACCCAAUUGGAUGUUCUCGGAACGAAACAUCGGAAGUGUUCCACUGAAGGAUUUAUUCCUACCGGGAACCCAUUGUUCCGGUUGUUACCAAGCCAAGUCGAACAUCAACAGUUCCCUGCUCAAAAGGAUUGGUUAUCGCCAGAACAUGAACAUUUGGUCCCAACUGGUCUACGGCAUCCGGUACCUCGAUUUCUCAAUCGGCUACCAUCCAUCGCAUAACGGUUCCCGCAACUUUUGGAUCAUGAACGAAAACUACAGAGUGUGCUGGAUCUUACCAAUUCUGCACGAGAUCCGUCGGUUUGUGAUCCUCUCGGAGGAGACUCUCAUUCUGGACUUCCGUCAGUUCCCGCUAGGGUUCCACACUCAUCCCGAGCAACACAACGAGCUGCUUCGACUCCUCGAGCAGGAACUCGGUGACCUGAUCUUCCGGCGGCCCACGAAUGGAACCAACAACGACGACGACUCCUACCUCAUCACGAUCGAACAGAUGCGCCGGGAGGGCAGAUACAUUGUCGUCACCUACAACCAUCCGACCAGCUUAAGUGAAUCAGAUUUGAUUUGGGCUCCGUGGACCAAGCACUCAGUUGCCAAUUUGGAGGAGGAUACCAAGCUGGGAGACUUCAUGCAGAAUUUGUUCUCUCAGAACCACCCGGAUGCUCCGAAAGACAUCGGAUGGAGUCUGUACGGUAUCCAGGGCUUGCAGGGAGGUUUGAACUCUGAUGAACAAUACUUGCAGCCGAAGGAACGAGCCAACCUCGUCAAUCCUCAGCUGAUGAAUCUUUUGGGAGGUCCCUGGGGUUUGGGAGCGAAUGCUGUGUUGCUGGACUUUUUUACCAACACCAAUCUGGUCGAUAUGGCCGUUUACGCCAAUCGGUACAAGACUUUGAAACAUACGGGCUACGAAGUUCUGGUGCUCGAUGCUCAAUAGCCCGAUAGCGGGUUUAGUUUUUUUGGGUAGUUUAAGUAUCUUGUAAAAUCGUAUUUUUAAGAACAUUUAUUGGUUUUCACUUUCAAUUAGAGACAGUAAGAAAAAGGAAUAAAAUUUAAAUUCCAUUUGAGACAUCCGAAUAAUAACGUCAUAAAC